CCAGUCAUUCGGCCCGCGCCCCGGCUGCGGCCCCGCGGGGUCUGGCUUCCCGGUAGGUGGCCGGCCGGCCGGCUGGCGUGUGGGUGGGCGGCACCCCGCAGCCCCGCCGCCCCGCGGCCCCAUGGAGUCCCAGUGCGACUACUCCAUGUACUUCCCGGCCGUGCCGCUGCCGCCGCGCGCCGAGCUGGCGGGCGACCCGGGCCGGUACCGGGCGCUGCCCCGCCGCAACCACCUGUACCUGGGCGAGACGGUGCGCUUCCUGCUGGUGCUGCGCUGCCGCGGGGGCUCCCAAGCCGCCUGGGCCGAGCUGGCCGGCGCCCUGGCCGCCCUGGCCUCGGUCAGCGCGGGGGGCGCUGCGGCCGGCGGCGGGGAGCCCGAGCCCGGGGACCCCGGCGGCGGGGGGCUGUUCCGAGGCUGCAGCCCCCUCCUCACGCACGGCCCCGGCCCGGCUACCUCAGGGGGAGCCACCACGCUGCCUGUGGAGGAGCCCAUCGUGUCCAUAGAUGAGGUCAUCUUCCCGCUCACCGUUUCACUGGACAGACUGCCCCCAGGGACCCCCAAGGCCAAGAUUGUCGUGACGGUGUGGAAGCGCGAGGUGGAGGCCCCAGAGGUCAGGGACCAAGGCUACUUGCGCCUGCUGCAGACCCGGUCUCCUGGGGAGACCUUCCGGGGAGAGCAGAGCGCCUUCAAGGCCCAAGUGAGCACCCUGCUGACCCUGCUCCCCCCGCCGGUUCUGAAAUGCCGUCAGUUCACUGUGGCUGGGAAACACUUGACCGUGCUCAAGGUGCUGAACAGCUCCUCCCAGGAGGAGAUCUCCAUCUGGGACAUCCGCAUCCUCCCCAACUUCAAUGCCAGUUAUCUACCUGUCAUGCCUGAUGGCUCCGUGCUGCUGGUAGACAAUGUCUGUCACCAAUCCGGGGAAGUCUCCAUGGGCUCCUUCUGCCGGCUCCCUGGCACCUCCGGCUGCUUCCCCUGCCCACUCAGUGCCCUGGAGGAACACAACUUCCUGUUUCAGCUGCGAGGGGGCGAGCAGCCCCCCCCAGAGGCCAAGGAGGGCCUGGAGUUCCCCCUGAUCGCUGUGGUCCAGUGGUCCACCCCCAAGCUACCCUUCACCCAGAGCAUCUACACCCACUACCGCCUGCCCAGCAUUCGCCUGGACCGCCCGUGCUUCGUGAUGACAGCCUCCUGCCAGUCCCCUGUGCGCACCUACGAGCGCUUCACCGUCACCUACACACUGCUCAACAACCUCCAGGACUUCCUGGCAGUGAGGCUCGUGUGGACCCCAGAGCACGCACAGGCCGGGAAGCAGCUAUGUGAGGAGGAGCGCCGUGCCAUGCAGGCCGCCCUGGACUCCAUCGUCUGCCACACGCCCCUCAACAACCUGGGCUUCUCCCGCAAGGGCAGCGCUCUCACCUUCAGCGUGGCCUUCCAGGCCCUGAGGACCGGGCUUUUUGAGCUGAGCCAGCACAUGAAGCUGAAGCUGCAGUUCACUGCCAGCAUGUCCCACCCCCCCCCGGAGGCCCGGCCCCUGUCUCGCAAGAGCAGCCCCAGCAGCCCGGCUGUCCGGGACUUGGUGGAGAGGCACCAGGCCAGCCUGGGCCGCUCCCAGUCAUUCUCGCACCAACAGCCCUCCCGCAGCCACCUCAUGAGGUCCGGCAGCGUGAUGGAGCGCAGGGCCAUCACACCUCCUGUAGCCUCCCCCGUCGGCCGCCCCCUUUACCUGCCCCCCGACAAGGCUGUGCUGUCUCUGGACAAGAUCGCCAAGCGCGAGUGCAAGGUCCUGGUGGUGGAGCCUGUCAAGUAGCCCCUGGCCAGCUUGCCCCCUCUCAAAUGACUCCCCCUACCCUCAGGGGGGAGGGUUCCUCUCCAGGUGGGGCCUCCCUUGGGAAUCCUCCCACCCACCCCACCAUGGAUGAGGAGGAGGCUCUGCAGGGCCGCCUGUCUGUGUCUGCUGAGGGACAGGGAAGAAGCUGUGACCUGAGUGAGGGUGGCUGCAGCACUCAAGCCAACAGUAUUUCCCCAGCCAGGGCAAGGGCACCCCAGAGCUCCCUGGCCCCUGGCCUUUUACCCUGGUUCUAAGUUUACAGAGUGUUCUCAGUCUCUUCGGUUGUCUCUCUCCCUCCCACAUUCCUUCUCACCCAGCCACCCGCAGGGCUGAGAUUUAGAGGGUGGUGGUACAGGGACCCUGAUAGUGACCCUUCUGUCUCGGGGCCUGGGGGACAGCCAGGUGGCCUCCUCUUGCCCCUCACGUUUACCUCUGCAGCCUGAAGCACUUUAAGUUGUGUUGGGACUUGAUUUUUUUUUCUUUUUUUGUCUGUCUGUUCCUGUAACUUAUUCUCCAACUACUGCUUCCAGCUGAAAUGAGACCAUUAAAUGCCUGUUGAGGA